AUGACGAACACGACAACAACAGCUUCUACUUCCAACUCCACGUCAAUGGGUAAUGGAAAUAAAAGAAUCACUACAACUUCGUUCUCUGCUGAUGAUUUACAUAAAUAUUCUACAAAACCAACUACCAAGGAUGCAUCAAAAUGGUCAUCAGUUGAAGUACAGUAUUGGAUCAAACACCAAUGUAAAAAAUUUGAAUUAAAAAAGACUAUAGCUGAGCAGUUCGAAAUGAAUGGUCAAGCUCUAGUGUUGCUUACCAAACAUGAUUUUCUUAGACGCGCACCAGAUGGAGGAGAAGUACUCUAUUACGCAUUACAACGACUCAUCAAUCCAAAUAAAGAAAACAAUUCAGCUGAUAAUGAUGAAAAUAUACAAAAAAUCGAAUCAUCUGAUAAACAACCUCGAAUAGUAGAAGUUAACAAUGAUCAUGACGAAGUUCAUUAUACAACGGAUUCAUCAUCAACAAAACCAAUUGUCGAAGAGCCUGACGAUCCACCAAAAAUUCGAAAAUCACAAUCAGAUACAAAUCAUGACGCCAACCAACAGGAACAUCAAAAUCGUCGAAACUUUUUUAAUCAAGCACACUUUCGUCCGACUGUUUUUGCCAUGCCUGCCGCUGCAGCUGCUGCCUAUUUCCAACAACAACAGCAAUAUCCCAACGGUUAUAUGUAUGCACAUCAAUAUCCACAAUACCAUAUGCAUCAUGCACAAUUUGUUCAUCCACAGCUAUUUCAACAAUAUUAUCCAAUGAUGUCAGCUCAAGGAAUUUUAAUCGAAAUAAUGGAUGAUGCAGAAGCUACUCGUGCCGCUCCAAAUGGACCAAUGAAUGAUGCUCAUGACUCAUCACUCUUUAUGGUUACAAUUAAUGGACAACGAUAUAUCAUGAACGAAACGCAAGUUAUACAAUUGGUUGGUGAAGUUUAUCAACAACAAGCUUAUCAAGCAAAUCUACAGCAACAACAACAACAACGUUUUCAACAGCAACAACAUUUUCAACAACAGCAGCAACAACAUUUUCAACAACAGCAACCACAACAACAGCAACCACAACAACAGCAACAACAACAACAACAACAACAACAAAGAGUUUUUCCACAGCAAUAUCGUUUUUAG